GAGUGGGUUGAGUGAGGGGAGAAUCAGAAUUCAGAAGGUGAAGUCGAAGAGGAAGAGUUUUGUCAUUUGGAUCUGAGAGAGAGAAAGUGAUGACGGUCUUUCACUUCUUUAACUGUGCGAUUCUCACCUUCGGCCCCCACGCCGUCUACUAUUCUGCCACACCCUUAUCUGAGUAUGAUACACUUGGCACCUCCAUCAAAGCUGCUGUUGUUUAUCUCGCAACAGCAUUAGUGAAGGUUGUUGAAUAUUUUGAAUUCUCAAUUUCUUAUGCAUUUUGCAUAAACUUUGAUAACAAUAUCACUCCUUUUUUGGUCUGUAUAAUCUUGCAGCUUAUCUGUCUUGCUACUUUUCUCAAGGUAUCAGAGAGUGAUAGCUUUGAUCCGUACCAGGAAUUUUUGAAGGCAUUAAUAGGUUUUAUAGAUGUUGCUGGGCUUUAUUUUGCCUUGACCCAGUUGACUCACAGGAACAUCUCUCAGAAUCAUAAAUUUCAAGCAGUUGGACUUGGUUGGGCAUUUGCUGAUUCUGUACUGCAUCGGUUGGCUCCUCUUUGGGUUGGUGCUAGAGGAUUAGAAUUUACUUGGGAUUACAUUCUGCAGGGCCUUGAAGCUAAUGCAAAUUUGGUAGGUUCUUUCAUGCUAAAAGCCUUUUCUUUUGUUCUUUCUAAGAUUGAUACAGUCUUUAGGUCAAUACUAAAGCAUUUGGUUGGUAAUGUUCUCCUAGAAUUUGGAUGUUCCUUCAGUUCUAUAUUGGUUAGAAUGAUGAAACAUUUUGUCUGUGUUGGUAAUGUGUUAUUGGUAAAAACACAACAAUUUGUGUGCAGCUUGUAGUAUUUGUGUCAUCUGUUAUUUAAAAGGUUUCUGCAUUUGUACCUGUACAGGUGUUGAGCAUAUCCCUAGCUGCACUGGGAUCUUUGAUGUGGCUUCGAAAAAAUAAACCCAAGACCCUCAUUCCCAUUAUAUACUUGUGCGCAGGGAUUGUAGCAACCAUGCCAUCUAUCACAAGGUCUCUCUUGACUAUUUACGAAUACAACUGCUGUUAUGAUGUUGAUAUGCAAAUGUGUAAUUUCAUGCUCAAUUUAAUUUUUCUUCUCCCUCUGCAAUUCAAGGUUUUGAAUUAAGGACCAAUCAUAAAAUCUUUCUUCGAACAUAAUAAACCUCUAGGCUCUAGCUCACUUUCUUCACAGGCUCUGGUUAUCAUGAUCUCCCUGUAUAAAUGGUGCUUUAGAAUAGGAUGACCCACCAUACGGUGUUGGAUUAAAGUAUUAGGUAUGUUGCAUGCCUAGUGGUAGUAAUUAUUUAGUCAAUCAUAACAUGGACUUUCACGUAUCAUUUGCUGUAGUGUAGUUUUUGAUAAACUGUGUCUUCUGCAGCUAUCUGAGGCGUGGAUUGGGGUGGCAUUUUCCCAAAGUGGUAGGGUUUGAGCUCUUCACAUCCUUGGUGAUGGCUUUCAUAAGUUGGCAACUGUUUGCUGCAUGUCAGAGACCUUCAGUGUGAGAAAGCCCAUUACACAAUGAUAGCAUCCUGCUUAACUAUUUUCUGGCUAGAUUUUUUAUCCAGAGUCUUCUGCUUCUUUUGGCAGCUUCUAUGCUGUUUGUUUAAAUUUCACAAAACUGUUUUAUCAAAUGUAGUUUCUUGAUAGUUUGAUUUUAUCUAACACGCUUAUUUAUGUAUCUUGCGGUAGAAUUUUGGCUGCAAUUCAUUAGAAAAUUUUGUUUAUCAGAAAAUGAGAGCUAUGAUAUAUCUGGGAUGAUUUGUUGCAAAUCAUUUCUCUUCUUUGAGACCAUUGGAUUUUUUUAUUAAUCCACGACCCGUCCAUUAUUAAUCGACGUCACGCCCAUCGCCAAUUAGAUGCUACAACUUACCCAGACUUCAGAAUGCUGGCAACAAUUCAUCAAUGAUUUAAGCAUGAAAUGGCCCAAGAAGCUAAUUCUGCAAUUAUUGAUUUUUCUCUUUGGUAACACGGGAGUGAUGCCUGCAUAUUUCUGCUUAUAAUUUCAAAUCUGUAUGGUUUGCAUCCCUGAAAUUUUUACGCAUCCCUACAAUGAUUUAAGCACCUCGUUAAUGAGGGAUUGGGGCUAUGAUCCUCUAUAGUUUCGGUUGAAACUGACACUGCAGGGUGUGCAGUUGUGAAGUUGUCGAUCUAACAAUUGAAGUUUAUAAAAUUUAAUUUGG